AUGGUCUAUAAGGUUGAUACGGAUUGUGUCGUGUACGUGUACAUAACGCCCUUUAAUUUAAUUGAUGAAGCUAUGAUCAUCAUGAAUAUUGCCUUUUAUUGGUCAUUAUUUAUACACUUCUUUCUUUUCUCGUAUAAUUCUAACAAAUUAGUAAGUUUAGUUGAAGAUAUUAACAGCAAGUUUGUCUUUAAAUCCGACAAUAAAACGGAGUUACUAACAAUGGAAGAUCCUGUGAAAUUCACCGAUAGAAUGGCAUUUAUUUGGACUAUAAAUAUCAUAAUUGCAGUACUAACUCCUAUACUUAGCACAUUGGCCUCAGGACAUAUACAAAUGCCCCUUCCGGCUUGGUUUCCAUACGAUUAUCAAAAAUCGCCUAUGUUUGAAAUUAGUUACAUUUGGCAGUUCUAUUGUGCAGUAUGUUUAGGAAUUUGUUAUGGAGUGACUGACAUGAUUUAUCCUUGUAUUGUGAUACUGGUGGGACAACAGUUUCAGAUUGUAGGGAGCAACUUGAAAAACGGUUUUUAUUAUGCGCUCUUAACAUGGGAAACAGAAGAAUUUAGCAGAAUCAACACACUGUAUUUAUCUAAGAAUGUUAAGCAUCAUUUAGAUUUACUACAAAUUUGCGAAAAGGUGGAUGACAUAUUAAGUGUAUUUUUAAUGGUGAAAUGUGCUGGCCAAAUGUUUAACGUGGUAUUUAUAGCUUUUAGCUUGAUAACAUCGGGAAAUUCAUCAGCAUUUUUUGGCUUAGGUACUUAUAUUAUUACGGCUAGUAUAAUGUUGUUACUUUACAAUUAUAGUGGUGAAAUUUUAACCCAGAAAGCAGAUAUUUUGUGGGAUUUAUAUGAAACCCCAUGGUACUUGGCAGAUAUAAAGUUUCAAAAAUCUUUCCUUUUGCUUCAGAUGAAAUUAACCCAAGGUGUCUACACCAAAGCCGGACAUUAUUUUACUCUCUCUGCUCAAACUUUUAUUUCGAAUUACAGAUUGAUAGCGUUAUGUUUGUUACCGGACACUUAA